AUGGCCGACGUCAAAACUUUGGAGCAUUCGACGCUGAAAGUCCCUUAUGAACUGUUGAAUAAACAGUUCCGAGCGUCACAAAAAAUAAUCGAUCGUGAGAUCUCCAAGUUCAGCAGUGCCGCGGCAGAUUUGGAGAAGAAAAUCGAGAACUCGGCUCAUCUGACUGUCAGUGAUGUCACAUGUGCAUUGUCAAGUAUGGUGGAUAACUUGUCAGUGCUGAAACGAAAGGCUGAAGAAAGCAUCCAGGAAGAACUGGGAGUGACUCAUGUGAUCAAACGUAGGCUAGAACAUCUCCAGGAGAGGGAGAUGGGAGAUGGCCAGGAUGGAAUGCCACCAAAGCUCUGGCAGAAAAACAGACUGGACAGAAUGUUGGUGGAGUACUUCCUGAGAGCCGGCUACUACAAUUCAGCUUUGAAACUGGCCAGACAUUCAAACAUUGAGGAUUUGACCAACAUAGACCUGUUUAUGACCUCCAAAGAAAUAGAGGAUGCACUCGCCAAAUCUGACACCAAGCCGUGCAUCAGCUGGUGCACAGACAACCGGUCCAAGCUGCGCAAAAUGAAGAGCACCCUAGAGUUUAAUAUUAGAAAGCAAGAAUUUGUGGAAUUGAUUCGAGAAAACCGACGCAUUGAUGCUGUCAAAUUCGCCCGUAAGCAUUUCUCCUCGGUGGAACCAUCACAAAUAGGAGACAUCCAGAGACUGAUGGGAAUGUUAGCAUUUAACAGCAACAAUCCUGACAACCCAUAUUCUGAACUGUUGUCUGCUGAAAGCUGGAAUAAAUUAAUUCUUCAGUUCCGUCAAGAAAAUUUCAAGCUCCAUCAGUUGAACAGCACCUCCGUGUUCACAGCCACAUUACAAGCUGGCCUCUCAGCUCUAAAAACUCUUCACUGUUACAAGGAUGACACAAAUGUCCGUAAUCCAGACUGUCCCGUGUGUAGCACGCACAUGAAUGAACUGGCUCAACCCUUGCCGUUUGCUCACUGUGCUAAUUCAAAGUUGGUCUGUAGUAUCACAGGCUACGCUCUCAAUGAGCACAACCCCCCAAUGAUGUUGCCGAACGGUCGGAUUUAUGGUUUGAAGGCUUUGGAGACAAUGGCUGAUAUUGAUGGUAAAGUUGUGUGUCCUCGGACUCAAGAAGUCUUUCAUGUUGCGGAUUUGGAGAAAGUAUUCGUUAUGUGA